AUGUCCAUUCCCCAGCCCCACGACUUGGGAAUCGUGCCAAAGAAUAAAAAACGAAGAAAUCCCGAUGGUGCUCGCCGUGUAGUUUGCGAGCCGUGUCAUGCCUCAAAACUCAAGUGCGAUCGUGGACGUCCCUGUUCGCGGUGUACUAGGAGACAAGUCGAGUGUAUUUAUGCUCCACCGCCAGCACGUAAAAAGCAUCCUACGGGACCCGAUUGGAGAGCGAUACUGAACAUUGUUGAGCCUCCCGUGACGAAAACUUGGUCCGAGUACCAGUCAUCCUUCUCAGCGGUUGAUUUGAUAUGCCCAAUUGACGUGGAGCGUGUCAAGACGCGCUGGCUCGAAGGGUUUGCCUCUGCUCUUGACCGGCAGCCAAAAGUCCUCGGCCCAGGAGUAACAUUCUUUACACUUACAACGUUGAGAUCAUGGCCACGCAUGCUCACGCAAACGGGUACCGGAUCACCACCUUUCAUUCAUCCAAGUCAGCUACAGAACAGUGAAUAUCCACCUCCACUGGCAAGAUGUGUUACCAUCGCUCACAUGUGGGCAAAUCAAACCUCUGAUGGGGGAGACAUUGUACGAGAGACCAUACUCAGAGAAGCUCAAGCUUUGUUCGAGUCGGACAGACUGGGCUCCAGCAAUGAUAUGGAACGUCUUGUGACUAUGCAAGCAUAUCUGCUCUUGUGUCUGAUGCUCUUACCAUCGUGUACAACAGAGCCAAUGACGAUACCUCAAGAGAUGAAAAUUAAUCUGCAAGAGCUUACAGCCAAGAGUGCAAGAGAAGGGCUGAUCUGUCCUGCCGAACAGACUGGCAGUCGUCCAGAUUACUCGUCUUGGAUCCUCGCCGAAGCCAAACGCAGGACCAUAUAUGCAAUUUACAUGCUUGACGACGUAAUCAAUACACUAGGCAACAUGCCUUGCGUGCUCGGCGAUGAGUUGGGCAUCUUACCCAUGACAUGUAGUAAAAUGCUCUGGCUAGCUUGCUCGUCUCAAGAAUCAUGGGAACAAGAAUACAACACAACAUUGGCAUCUGGAAAGUACUUGCGCUUAGAAGAGCUAUGGAUUCAUCCUGCUGACGAGCAGACGAGGAGGAGAAGAGAAAGGUGGCUUGCUGCUGUUGAUGAGUUUGGAUUGAUGAUCUAUGCUGUCGCCACGAUCAGUCAGUUGCACUGA